CGCCGAAGGCCGUCUGGCUGGGUCGGAUCCGGGCGAAACCAGACAUCGCGCCAGCAGCCCGAGACCCGCUCGAGCAGCCCCCCCGAGUAGGAAAAUGGGAGACAGCGGAGGAACAUCAACAUUAUCCGGGUAUGUUCCCAGGUCACAAAAUACCGGUCAUUCAGGCUGUAGACCAUCUCAAAUCCGACGCAGAAUUUGUUGAUAUUCCAUCGGAACCAUCGAAGGAGCGUAGAGGUAGGAAAGGCAUAGUAACGUUCGACGCCAUCCGUUCCGCCCGGAAAUGGGGUUGUCAACUGUUCCCGGUCCUGAAAUUCGCGUACAAUUUGGUGGAACAGCGCGUGGGAUACGCGGUGCUCCUCCCGCAGGCCAAAGACCUUUUGGAUCGAUCCCUGCAGGGCAGCAUGGCACCGUUGUUUCGUCGUGAGAUAUGCGCGAUUGAGCGCGAUCGGAUUGUGACUGAGACCCCCGCCAACCGUCUGCCAGGUUUUCCGAAGCUGCGGAUCAAGCCCUAA